AUGCCACCACGGCUACGCAUCGACUCGCUUCGGCGACAAGUCCUCCGCUGCCCAUAUGAACUCCAAAUCGCUAGGAGUGCUAGCACCGCAGCCCCGGCCGUGACCCCGGCAGCACCCAUUGAGCAAUUGACACGCUCAGCAGCAGUAAUCUCGCGGUACCCUACUACUCAGCCGCCUUCUCACCGCAACCCUGAAUACCGCCGGUCACAGCUCCUGCGUCAAUAUACCUCCAUCCUCCGCACAUCUCCCCUGCUGGUUCUGUUUCAGCACAACAAUUUGAAGUCCAUGGAAUGGGCCGCCAUCCGACGAGAAUUGACCAAGGCGCUAGAAAAGGUGGAUGAAAAGAUUGCCGCCGAGGGCCGGACAGCACCUCCUCUAGCUUCUCACAUCAAGCUGCAGACCAUCCAGACCAGCAUCUUCGAUGUCGCACUUCGCAUUGUCGAGUACUUCCGCCCAAAUCAGGCUACCUCGGCUUCAGGAAUUAAAUUCUCAAAUGACGAUGCCUCUCUUACCCACGAUCUGUCUCGCAAUGCGCAUGCAGCCGUGAAGCAUUUGAAGGGCCGCCACGAAAUGGCCGACAUUCUUGUCGGCCCUGUUGCCAUUCUCUCUAUCCCUACCGUCUCUCCCGAACACAUGAAGGCCGCGUUGACAAUCCUCACACCGAAAGAAGCCGGAUUCCGUGCACCCACUCGCAAGGCCAACCCGGAUUACUACGACCCUGUUGUCCAAACUGGUCUUCAGAAGCUCAACUUGCUAGCUGCUCGCGUGGACGGCAAGGUGUUUGACAUUACCGAGACCAAGUGGGUUGCUAACAUCGAGGGUGGUAUGGAUGGUCUGCGCUCGCAGCUCAUCAUGGCCCUUCAGAGUAUGGGAUCUAGUGUCACCACCACUCUUGAGGGUGCUGGUAAAAGCCUGUACUUGACCAUGGAGAGCCGGAGAAGUGUUCUGGAGGAGGAGCAGAAGCCUGAGGGCGAGAAGAACGAGUCAUCCUAG